AUGGUCAAAUCAUUUUCCAAGUCUAAGCGCACGCCGGUGCGAUUAAGGCACAAGAUUGAAAAGGCGAGUGCCGCCAAACAGAGGAAGGCAAGAAAAGAAGACAAAAAGAACCCACAAUGGAAAUCAAGGCUGAAGAAGGACCCGGGUAUCCCAAACCUCUUUCCUUUCAAAGAAAAGCUCCUCGAAGAAAUUGAAGAGAAGAAAAGACAAAAGGCAGAGAAUGCACAGAGAUUACGGGAUGCCGCAAAAGAUAAGAAGAAGCAGACCAAACAACAGAACGCCGCAGAUGAUCAAGAUGACAUGGACGAGGAUGAUCUCAUGGAAGAGGACGAGGAUCUGCUGGAUGAGGAGAUGGACGAAGACGAAGACGAUGAUGUACAAACCUCUUCCAAUCCUCUAGCUGCCCUGGUUGCAUCAGCCCAGGCACGAGCGGCAGAGUACGAUGGAGGUGCUCUCGCAGGAGACGUUUCAGGGGACGAUGACGACGAUGUCGAGAGUGGUGGUGUGCAACUUUCCGAGACCGUGGCUGCCGACCACAGGAACCCAGAUUCGUCACGGAAAGCAUUCGACAAAAUUUUUAAACAAGUCCUGGAUGCUGCAGAUGUCGUUUUGUACGUCUUGGACGCUCGAGACCCCGAGGGGACGCGAUCGCGAGAGGUCGAACGACAGAUCAUGUCCGCCGAAGGAGGAUCGAAACGCUUGAUUCUUGUGCUAAAUAAAAUUGACCUGGUGCCGCCACCUGUCCUGAAAGGCUGGCUGACACAUCUACGACGAUACUUUCCCACGAUACCACUGCGAGCGUCGACGCCCGCUUCGAACGCGCAGACUUUUGAUCACAAACAGCUCACUCUCAAAGCCACGUCCGAGACGCUCUUGCGAUCAUUGAAGAGUUACGCGGCCUCCAAACAACUCAAGAGGUCGAUUUCUGUGGGUGUCAUUGGAUAUCCGAACGUGGGCAAGUCGUCGGUCAUCAACGCCCUGACCUCGCGGUUGAACAAAGGCACCCAGAGCUUCGCCUGCCCGGUUGGGUCGGAAGCCGGGGUGACGACCAGCCUGAGAGAAGUCAAAAUCGAUAGUAAGCUGAAAAUCCUCGACUCGCCCGGUAUAGUCUUUCCUUCGGCGGUGGACGGCGAAGACAGGGAAAGCAGGCAACGACGCAAAGCGGAACACGAGGCCAGGUUGAUUCUCCUGAAUGCGCUCCCCCCCAGCCAGAUCACCGAUCCUAUUCCUGCGGUGAGCCUGCUCCUCGAUAGGUUGUCCGGGUCAGAGGCCCUCUUUGAGAAGCUGUUGUCUCACUACGGGGUGGUCGCGCUUGGUCCUUUCGGCCGAGGGGACAGGACGACCGACUUUUUGGUUCAGGUCGCUCGGAAGAGAGGCCGCCUUGGACGAGGUGGUGUUCCGAACCUGAACGCCGCUGCCAUGGCGGUCAUCACCGACUGGAGGGACGGUAGGAUCCAAGGAUGGGUCGAAGCACCGACUCUCAAGGUCGCGCAGGACAUGCAGAUGGCGGAAGCCGAAGACGAAAAGACUCUCCCUACCGGCGUCGACAGAAAGGAGAUUGUCAAGGAAUGGGCUGCAGAAUUCAAGAUUGAUGGACUCUGGGGCGACGACAAGGCCGAUGCCGCUGGAGAUGAUGCCAUGCAGUUGUAG